AUGAAACUGAUGGCAAUCGCCGUAUAUCUCCCUGCUCUGACUGGGAUUCGAACCCGCGACCCUGGGUUUGUUCGACAGAACCACAUUUUCGAGUGGGUCCAGGAUCACCGGCUGCACCACCGCUACUCCGAAACUGACGCCGAUCCGCACAACGCUACCCGGGGCUUCUUCUUCGCACACAUUGGCUGGCUGUUUGUGGCCAAACACCCCGAAUCGGUGGCCAGGGAGAAAUCUACCGAUAUGUCCGACAUGCUGGCAGAUCCAGUUGUCGUCUUCCAGAAGAGACACUACUACGUCCUGGCUGCACUGCUCUGUUUCGUGAUUCCUACGAUGGUGCCCGUGCUUCUAUGGCACGAGCGACCGCUGACUGCUCUACUCGUCUGUGGUAUUCUGCGCUACGUCUGCACACUGCACUCUACAUGGCUGGUGAACAGUGCGGCGCAUCUUUGGGGACGCCGGCCGUAUGAUCGGUUCAUCAACCCGGCCGAGAACCCGAUGGUGGCUAUGGCUGCUCUGGGCGAGGGGUGGCACAACUACCACCACAGUUUCCCAUGGGAUUACCGUACCGCCGAGCUCGGGGGAGGGACCAGGAAUCUCACCACCAGCUUCAUUGACCUGAUGGCGUGGAUCGGCUGGGCUUAUGACAGAAAGACCGUCUCCCAGGAUAUGGUCACACUACGCGCCCAGCGAAAAGGAGACGGAAGCUACCGGCCCAAGGAGCAGUAGCGCCCUCUUUACCGGGGCAGCGCCAUCUAUAUCACGGCUCCGCAGCCGCCGGCGAUGCCAGAGCCAUCUGUGAGAAGCGUCACAAACUUGUAACUGAACGCGAUUCCGUGAACGCCGCUGGCGCCCUCUUCGUGGGCGCGUCUGUAACUAAAGGCGGUACGGUCAGUCGGAAGAUGGCUGCUAUGGGUAAUUGGUAUGCACUGCGAGGGAAAUGUAGGGGUGGGAAAAUAUCAGUGGACUUAGAGAUGACGGAAAAUGUCUGAUGUCGUCAUGCUUACUGGCUGUGUGCAGAGCCUCGCCAAAGGGCUCAUUGUGCAGCUAUACGCUAACAUAAAGUCGCACCAAUUUGGCAUGUCGACUGUGGCGCCGUCACGCGGCGAUGUAGCGCAACUUCACCGGGAUGGUCGAUAACGACACGAUGCUAUGAAAAUACACAGAUGCUUAGAGGGAA